AGAUCUGGUCUGCGCUGCAGACCCCCCUUGCCUAGAGAGGGCCGCCGCAUGGGGGUGCCGCCGCUGCAAGCCUGCGGGGAUCCCCGCUUCUGAAGCGCUUGAAGCUCGGGAGUGAAGGCUGAACCCUGCACAGGCAGGCCCCAUGGCCCUUGGAGGAGAGAGGGCGACUGCACAUGAAGCCGAAGUCUCGGGCAGGUGGACAACAUGCGAGCAGCAGCGUGGGGGCUCCCCAGAGAGCAAAGAGCAGCUGCCCCGUCUGGAAGCCGAGGGAGGGCCUGCCUUCCCCGUGUGGGGUGCCGAGGCAGGCAGCAGUGGGGCGGCCCCUUGUUGCCCCUCUGCAGCCAAUAGCUCCUGCCGAGAACCUGCCUCUGGGGCACCCAAGCCCGGCUGUGUGGUGCCACCUGGAGAGCCACUGCUCCCUGCAGGACAGAUGGAAGAGGGCAGGUCCCCUGCCCCCGAGGAGCUACCUCAGACCUCUAUUUGCUCAGGACAUGACGCUGACACGGAAGAGGAGCACCUGUCCCCCGAUGAGUCACCUCACCCCUCCUGUUUCCCAUCAAGGUGGAGAGCUGUGGGGCGCCCUGGGGCUACCGGCCCUCUGUGUGCUGGCAGCAGUGCCCAGGGCCACCCUGCACAGGCAGAGCCUCGGAAUGGUGCUCUCACCCAAAUGGCCUCUUCCUGGGAGUUGACGGUCCCCCGGACCACUCCGUCUGUGCUGGUCCCGGGCCCUCAGCUGCAGUGGUCACCACAGCCUCUGCCCUCCAGCACUGAGGAGUCUGCUCUAGGCAGGGGCCGCCUUUCCUUCCAGGCCGAGUAUUGGGCCUGCGUUCUGCCAGACUCACUGCCUCCUUCCCCUGACCGCCGCUCCCCACUCUGGAACCCCAACAGGGAGUAUGAAGAGCUGUUAGACUAUACCUACCCCUUGAGGCCUGGCCCUCAGCUCUCCAAGCACCGCUCCUGCCGCGUGUCCACUGACGUAGCCCUGCAGGACUCCGGGGUGGACCUGGACAGCUUCUCUGUCUCCCCAGCAAGUACCCUGAAGUCCCCUACUAAUGUCUCCUACAGCUGCCCUCCAGCAGAGGCAACUGCUCUGUCAUUUUUGGGGCCUGCUGAGUCCCACUUCAAGCAACAGCUCCCCAGAACACCCCCAAAACAGGGCAUGGGGCUCACCCCUGGGAGCCAGUUUGCUUCCACCCCUGUCACCACCAGCCAUCAGGAUGGUCCUUGGGCAAGCCGGGAGUCAGUGCUGAGGCACCCGGCAGCCCGGCUAGCUGGGAGCACACGUCUGGAAGUGGACACCCAACCAAGGACCUGGAACCAAGGCUGUCCUACACCCUGGCUGGGCAGCAAGAAAGAAAUGCAGCGGAGUGGGGGCAGCCGUGUCUACACGGAACCUGGCUGUCAAGCUGAAGCAGAGGUGGAGAGUGACGAGGAGUACCUCCCUCUGCCUACUAGGCUCACACAAAUCUCCAGCCUAGCCACGUAUCUGGGUUCCAAUCCUGAUCCAGGUAGCCUGCGUGGCACAGCUGCCAAUGCUCAGAGCUCCUCCGAGGCAUCGGACAGUGAGGGACCCCCUUCCCUCCCAUUGGACUACAGCCAAAGCCAGCUGCCCUCCGGGACAGCCCUCAGGAGGGCCCCAGUAGGACAGAAGCCCUGUUUUGUCCAGACCCAGAACUCCAGGGAGGCUCCGUGUACAGCAGGCAGCCAGGCUCGGGGUAUCUCCUCUGGACUGCUCAAGGCAGCUCCCUCCUUGCCAGCCACAUCGGAGCAUCGGUCAUUCUCAGACUCACAAGCAGGGGGACAGCCUUGCAAAGGAGAGCAGGGCAGAGAAUCACUGCUGCAGUGUAUGAAGACAUUCUGCUGUCAGCUGGAAGAGCUGAUCCUCUGGCUGUAUAAUGUAGCUGACAUUACCAACCACUUGGCACCACCCAAAUCCAAUCUGAAAGGUCUCAAGUCUUCUCUGCAGCUUUACCGGCAAUUUAAGAAAGAUAUAGCUGAACACCAGCCCCUGACGGAGAGUGUCUUGCAGAAAGGAGAAAUUCUUCUUCAGUGCCUGUUGGAUAAUAUCCCAGUGUUAAAGGAUGUCCUCGAGAGAAUCUCACAGCAGCCCAGUGAGCUGGAGAGCCACGCAGAACACCUGUAUGACUCCCUGCUUGCCUCUCUGGAUGUGUUGGCUGGCUGCACUCUCACUCCUGACACCACAACAAGGACACACACAGACAGCGACAGGAAGCUCAGCCUAGCAUCUUCUCAGGCAGAGAUAUAAUCUAGUCAAAACCUGGUUGGUAGGAAGCUUUCAGGAAAUUCUUUCAGCAAGAACCAUGUUAAUACAGAAAUAUCAAUGAAGGGAGAAGCAACUUUACUAGCUUUAAAAUGCCUUUUC